GUCCAGACGGUCUAGUAAUUCAGUUGAAUUGGAUGGCAGGAGGGUCGUCGUCGACAUCAGAGAGGUCAUUGGAGCAAACCCCAACAUGGGCAGUGGCAUUGGUUUGUGCCGUUUUCGUAAUCAUAUCAGUCAUCAUUGAACAUGGGGUUCACUCCCUAGGCAAGUUGUUCCAAAAAAAGCAAAAGAAAGCAAUGCUUGAAGCCUUGGAGAAAAUGAAAGCAGAGCUGAUGCUGCUAGGGUUUCUAUCGUUGCUAUUAACCGUGGGUACAAAAUAUGUUGCUAAAAUAUGUGUUCCCGAAAAGAUUGGAUACAAAAUGCUUCCAUGUAAAGCCGAACAUUUCAUUAGUAAUAAUAAUGGGACCAAAGAUAGUGGCGGCAAAGGUGGUAGUAGUGGUAAUAAUGGUGAUGAUGAAGGCGACGACAAUCAUCGCCGGAAAUUACUUUUUCUAGCAGCCACACAAGAGAUGAUUACCCGAAGAGUUUUAGCCGGAGAUGCUGAAAACGUGCCUAAAUGUAAAGAGGGAAUGGUACCGAUGAUAUCGUAUUCGGCGGUUCACCAACUUCACAUAUUUAUAUUUAUUCUUGCCGUCUUCCAUGUCCUUUAUAGUGUCGUUAUCAUCGGACUCGGCUUCGCUAAAAUGAAGAAAUGGAAGGCAUGGGAAGCAGAAACUACUUCUUUGGAAUAUGAGUUCACAAAUGAUCCAGCGAGAUUUCGAUUUGCUCAUCAAACUUCGUUCGUCAAACGUCAUACCGGACUUUCUACAAAACCUGGAAUUAGAUGGGUGGUAGCGUUUUUCAGACAAUUCUUUGGAUCGAUAUCAAAGGUCGACUAUUUGACCAUCCGCAACGGGUUUAUAAAUGCACAUUUUGCUCCAAGUAGUAAAUUUGAUUUCCAUAAGUACAUCAAGAGAUCCAUGGAGGAUGACUUCAAGGCAGUAUUGGGUAUCAGUUUACCACUUUGGACGUUCUCAAUCCUGUUUCUCCUUCUAAACGUUCAUGGAUGGCAUGCACUUACUUAUCUCUCUUUCGUUCCUCUUGUGAUUAUUUUGUUGGUGGGUACAAAACUAGAGCUAGUGAUCAUGGAAAUGGCUCAACAAAUUCAAGACAAGGCAACAAUUGUAAGAGGUGCACCGGUUGUGGAGCCAACUAACAAGUUCUUUUGGUUUAGUAACCCCCAAAUAGUCCUUUUCUUGAUCCAUUUCACUCUGUUUCAAAAUGCAUUCCAGAUGGCGUUUUUCUUGUGGACUGUGUAUGAAUUUGGAAUAAACUCAUGUUACCAUGAGAGCAUGGUGGGAAUUGGUGUUAGAGUUGGAUUGGGGGUAAUUCUGCAUAUCAUGUGUAGCUACAUUACAUUCCCUCUUUAUGCCUUGGUCACUCAAAUGGGAUCUCACAUGAAAAAGUCGAUAUUCGAAGAGCAAACCUCCAAAGCUCUAAAGAAAUGGCAGAAGGCCGCCAAGGACAGGAAAAAGUUACGCGAACUUAAUGGCGGGAAAGGAGGGACAGAUCAUUCAAAUUCUGGCAUAAGGAGCAUCGAGAAUACCCCAAGUCGUGAUUCAUCACCUAUUCAUCUCCUCCAUAAUCAAAACCAUCGAUCAUCCACCGCAGAAAGUGAAAUUGACAUUCCACCAUCUCCAAGAGCUUACAAUUCAGAGACAGAAAUCUCAGAUACGGAAGGUUCAUAUAAUCAUGCCGCCACCAAUCACAAGAAUCUGCAUCAUGAUUUCUCUUUUUCAAGAUCCGAUGGUUUCAAGUAGAUACACGUACCAUUUUGUACGUACGUAC